AUGAACAGCCAGCACCCGGUGGGUACCGGAAUCGCUGAUGUUGUUGGUGUGGACGUUGAUAUAUCUUCUGGUAGCCUUGCUGACACAGUGCUUGUUGUAUCGGCAAGGAUAGGUACUGGAAGAUCAGAAUCAGGACUCCCGUUCGCCGGCGCGGACGGCGGUGUUAUCAUUGUAUCACCAGUUAGUGGGAUAUCGGUGGCAGAAGCGAUGAAAAAAGGUGGUCUAGUCUCUUCGGUGAAGGCGGAAGGUGUCAAAAUUGCAGGUAGCAUCGUCAUAUCAUCAAUUGGAUGUUCUGUCGCCGGAGCUGAAGUUACUGGCAUCCCGGUGAGUGGUGCAGUCGUCACUGGCGUCCCGGUGAGUGGUGCAGUCGUCACUGGCGUCCCGCUGAGUGGUGCAGUCGUCACUGGCGUGUCAAUCACCGCUGCGCCAAUCCCUGUUGCAGAGCCGGAUGGAGCUGGGCUAUCGGCGAGGAUAGGGAUGUUGUCAGGAAGGUCUGGUGGUGCUGAUGCUGGCGCCAGUGUCAUAGUGUUUGGUGCAUUUGUCGCUGGCGCGUCUCUCGCGGGUGCAAUCGUUUCGGCAAGUGCAUUGGUCACAGGUGCAUUUGUAGUCGUUAUCGGUGAGGUUGUUGGAACUGGAUCGUCAGCUUGGAUCAAAAUGUUACUAUCAGGGUCUUCUAUCGCUGAGCUUGUUGGCGCUCUCGAUGUUGGUGCAUUCGUUACCGAGACUUCCGAUAGCGGUGCUGAGGUAGCUGAAGCUGAAGGACUGAGAAGAAUCGGACUGUCAUUAGGUGGGACUUCUGUCUCUGGUCCCAGCGUCAUUGUAAUUGGUGAACUAGUUUGCGGUGCUAUCGAGUCUGGAGCAAUCGUCACGGGUGCACUGGUUGCCAAUACAUUAGAGGGUACGGCUGAAAAAUCAGAUAUUGGUAUGUCGUUGAAGAGAUUUUCUGUCGCUGAAGGUGGAGAUGUUGCACCUUGUUCAGUGAACAUCGUUGGCGCUGGUGCUAUAGUUGACAUUGGCGGCUUAUACGUCAAAGCGCAAUCUCCUGCACUCUCUGUACAGCAAACAAUAUUCUGCUGGUUCCACGCCGACCAGUCCUCUGUACAUUUGGACAUACUCCAGCAAUACGGCCCUCCCGUUCCCUGA